GUCCCGGUAUACCAACAGCCUGACGAACGGUUUGACAGCUUUAUAUGACCAUCCUAGAAAUGAGUGACACGAUACUCGAUUCACCACAUACGUUACCGUUGUUACACGACCUCGUUGAUGAGCUCAUUGAUUCGUGCAUUAUGGAUGGAAUCCUAGUUAUGCACCGAGCUAUAAAGCUGGGCUACUUCCAUGUGAUUGCUCCAGAUCCCACGCCUGACGAUGAAAUCGGGGACGCUGCCUCGUUAGUCCGCUCUGGGAACAAUACUGUUGCCAACGGACGCGACAAUUCGGCUAAGGCGGCCAGUUGCUGUCGAUGUGUCAAGUGUCACUCCAAAGUUGCUGCCACACGGUAUGCUCCUCAUCUUUCAAAUUGCAUGGGACUCGGUAGGAACAGUUCCAGACGGGCUAACAAAAGAAUCGCCGAUUUGCAGCGGUUAGAGGACUAUGAUGAAGAUCGCGAAGAUGAGUUCUCGCAGGAACCGUCGUCUGCUUCGCAGCUUCCUCCUGCUUCCGAUGCCUCUAGUUCCCGACUCACUGGAAACGCCGUCAAUAAGCAGCAUUCCCCUUUGAAGCUGACCAUUUCUCUGGUACCCACAUCGAAUAAGUCAAAUUCAACAAAACACGUGAUCCGCGCGGUUAACGGUGCUCUCGUCUCAGACUGUAAACGAGCCCACGCAGAAAACGGGAAAAACUCCAAGUCAGCUUCUUCUACUGUCAGAAUGUGCUCCUUACCGAAAGCCCAAUCCGCCUCGCUCAAGACGCCCAAUCCCGAAAUUAUCCUGAAAGAAGCCAAGGUUGCGCUAUCCAAUCACGACAUAAAUUACACUCUUCCACGCAAUUAGACUUUUUUGAACCAUUUGUGAUAUA